AUGACUCUUCCAAAAAGGGAAGUAAUAACUUCUAGAAAGGAGUCAGACCCUGAGAGUAAAAUCAUCAAAAAAGAGAAGUCUGACAAAAAAGAUAAAAAUUCAGAGCCCUUACAGAAGGAUAUUGAGCAAAGAGUAGAAAAACAUGAAGGAAAAAGGAAAAGAUCAGAUUCUAAUGAAAUAGAUUCUGAAAGCUCUGAUAAAGGUGCACAUUUGGAUAAGGGACAUAAAAAGCUACAGGACAUUCCUAAAGAGUCACAUUCAGAGAAGGAAAGGAAAUCAAGGAAGAAGGAGAACUCAAGUUCAGAAUCAAAAUCUGAAGAUUCUGAAGAUGAGAACUCUGAGGAAAAAGAAAUAAAGAAAGGGAAGAAGAACAAUGAAAAGUCUGAUUCUGGAAGUGAGUCACAUGUGCGAGGAAAAAAGGAUGGUCCUCAUGAAAAGCUUGUAGAAAGGAAAGGAAAUUCCUUAGAUGAUGACUUGCAUUCUCAUGAGCAACUACAGGAGAAAAGAGCUGAGAGAAGCAGAAUUGAUAUAUCUGAUAAUGAAGCCAGAGGAAGAAAAGAGGUUGAAGAGAAAGGAAAUGAUAAUGAAGGCCCACAACAGCAAGAAAAGUCAAGUACUGUAAAGAAUAAAGGUGAUGGAAGUAGUGAAGACAGUAGCAGCAAAAAAGACAAAGAAACAGAGGAAAGUCAAGAAGAAAAAGCAUUCAGAGAAGAGAUCAAGAAAGAAAACAGGUUCCUCAUCAUCAUCAUCCAGUGA